AUGCCAUUAAGAACAUCUAAUGAAUCAAAUAUUCAUCGAACAAGAUCUGGUGGUGUAAGCAACAGUCAUUCACCAAAAUUGAUUAGUAAAAGACGAGGUUCAACUAGUGGUGGACGUGGUGAUCAUUCCCAAGUCCAGUCUCAAGUUACUCUUAAUAUUGAUAAUAAUAUUCAUCAUGGAAAUAAUUAUACAACCAAUUUUCGUACAAAUCUUCCAUCUGAUCAAUCGGACGAUGAAAUAACAUCCAACAAUAACACAUGUACUAAACCUAAACGUGCACCAUUAGCAAGUCGAUCAGAAGUUUUAUCCUAUUUUGGACAAGAAUCUGGUGGUUUCAAAUGCAAAAUUUUUUAUCGAGCAAGUAAACUUAGUGGCAGCAAUCUUCGAAAACAUCUUGCUUCAUCAACACAUAAAAUACCAAAUGUUUUGUUUAAAUCUCAAAUCGAGAAAGUUUCACAAGUUAUUCCACCAACAAUCUCUACUGAACGUAAAUGUGAUUUACAUACGGCCGCAAUUAACUGUAUUAUUCAGGAUGGACUUUCAUUCGAUACAUUUCAACGUCCUGGUAUGUCAAAAUUUUUAUCCACAGCUAUUCCAGGCCACAAGGGGCCUCAUCGAAAAACAGUACGUAAUCGAAUAGCUGCUUUAUAUUCAGCAUAUACUGAAAAACUUCGUUCACUUAUUCCUAAACUGGACUUGAUUGCUCUUACAUCAGAUUUAUGGAAAAGUCCAUGA